AUGCCUAACGACGACGUCUCCAAGAAAGCUAGGCGGCUGAAGGCGGGCGGGGCCUGCGUUUCCUGUCGCAAAAGGAAGCAUCGCUGCGACGCCGCGAGGCCGCAGUGCUUGAGCUGUAAGAUUCGCGGCAUCGAUUGCCAGUACCCACUGACGAAUGUGGAGUCAUUCUCGGUCGAACAGCUGGAGGCGUUGGUGGAGUCGAGAAAGCGAGGGGCCCCCGACGCGCAGACCGCCGGUUCCGAUGUCGCUGUCGCCGCGGCAGGUUGGCAGAGGGAACUUGACCUUCGAGCGCAAGGCUCGAGCCCAGCUUCCGCGUCGAAACGGUCGCCAGUGGAACGCCCAACCUCCAAGGAUGUCGCCGUGACCAGUUCGCAAGGCUACCUGGGAGACUCGUCGUCGUUUGCAUUCGUGACGAGGACCAGGCCGAGCAAGUCUAGCACAGAGCUAGACGACGUCGAUGAUCCGAGCCUGUCGCUCUCGCGUGAUCAGGACUUUGACGAUGCUGAGUACGCGUUCCCCUCGCGGGCUCAAGCGGAUGAGCUUGUCGACGCGUAUUUUGAGCGUGUUCACCUGCUCUACCCUUUCGUACACUCCAUUCAGUUCCGCACUCAGUACGAGAGCUUCUGGCUCGAGCCCCACUCAGUAGACAUUUCGAACAGUUGGAUGGCAAUCUUGAACAUCGUCUUCGCCUACGGCUGCGAGUUCCGUCAUGCGUCAGCGCGAGGGAAUUUCCUUGCCAUCGCCAACCCUUUCGUGCGACGCGCCCGCGAGAUCAUCCUCUCCCUCGUCUUCGACAGCGUUGACCUCGGUCUCGUGCAGGCGCAACUGAUGCUGUGCCACUAUCUACAGGGAACACAUCGGCUGAACGACUGUUGGAACUUGGCCGGUUUAAUGAUUAGAAGCGCCUACGCCCUGGGUCUACAUAUCGAUCCGGCCGAAGACCAGCCCAUCUCGGCCAUAGAAAGGGAGAUGCGCAGGAGAGUCUUUUGGGGAUGUACUGCUUUAGACAAGACCUUAAGUAUGAAGCUAGGACGGCCACCGUCGAUCAACAUCGACGAUGCCAUGCGUAUACCCUGGCCUGCUGCGGUGGACGACCAAUACAUCACCGACACUGCCGCCCAGCCAAGACAGCCUUCACAGAGACCAUCCAGGACUGCCUUCUUCGUCCACACGGCUAAGAUGGCACCGGUAAACGACAUCAUAUUGAAGACACUAUACUUCUCUGAGCCAAGGAAACAUGAGGCAAACGGAGCUCUUCCUUGCCUAUCCGCGCAGUCGAGGAUUCUCAGCGACGCUGUAAGGCUUGACGGCCAGCUGAGAGCCUGGUGGAAUGAGUUACCCAUCCAUCUUCGCGUUGCUCCAGAAAUCCCCGACGGCGCAGGUUUCGCCAGACAACGAAGCGUGUUUUUGAUUAGGUAUCUGAACAUGAGAACUCUGCUGCAUCGAGCGCCUUUCCUCGUUCUGUGCAAGCAAGCGAUGGAGGACGAGUUUCUGAAAGAGCUAGCAAUCGCGUCGUCCAAGAUCUGCAUUGCCACGGCGAGCAAAACCGUUCAGUUGGUCUACGCACAGUACAAUCAACAACUUCUGAAUUCGCUGUGGUACAAUCUGCACUACAUGUUCACCGCCAUGGGUGUACUGCUAACUGUCUACACCCUGGAUAGAUCUCUUCAAGAGUUUCUCCAGCCCCUGCCAGAUCCAACAGUCUUAGACCACGGUAUGGAUUUUUUACGCUCAGCAAGCCAUAUCAGUACUCUCGCUGGGCGGUACGUAAAAAUGCUAGAGCCGUUUUGCCGACUUCUGGCUCCCCAGCAGUACGAAUUCCCGUUGGGCACUCAUCAGACGCAUGACCCAGCGUCGACACAUGCGCUGUCGAUCGAUGCCACUUCUAUUCCAGACGUACACUCACAACUAUCGAGCAUGGAUUAUAUGGACCCUGAUGACCUUCUAUUUGGGGCUGGAAUUCCUCAGACCUUAUUCAAUGGUGAUUGGUCGCCUUACCCAGACCUGUAUUAGCAUGAAUGCACAUCCCCCUCGCUAAUCACGCAGAUGAGAACUGAGCUCCUGUGUAUGGGAGCCAUGAGCAAUCCGCUCUGUAACGACUUGAUCUAACUACAUGGACAUGGCUUAAAUGCAUUCGUACUCUAAAGCGGGCGAGUAAUAACAGGAGUGUCUUAUCUGCUGGCAGAUCCUUGCAGUUUACAUGAGAGCCGGAAUUAAUCGCCGACAUGAGUGCUCGGAGUCACAUUUAUGUGCUGAGCUGUUUCCAGAGCCUAGACAAAUUAGCAAUCGCAGAAAAUACAUGUAGUGUACUGCCGUAGUCAACUCCUAGGAGCCGCUAGAGAUGCACCUCGGAACAAAUUCAGCCUGCUAUGGC